GAUUGGCCAUUGGCGUAGGUUGACCCGGAAAUAUACCGCGGCCGCCGGGUCAUAUAGCUCUAUUUUCGAGUGCAUGAACGUAGUUUCACAGUUUGGAGAUACAAAUUGGAUAAUUCAUAUAAAAUUGUAAAGAGAUGCCAGUGUUGACGGAAGCGUCCCCACCCAAGGCUGAGCCUGAGGGCGAAGCAGAGAGUCAGCCCAUGGACACCAACGAAUCCAUACCUCAGGAGCCUACUCCUGCUCCCACAGCACAACCCAGGCUCAUGAUCACACAGAUCAUGACAGAAAACUUCAAGUCCUAUGCUGGCAAAGUUGUCCUGGGGCCUUUCCAUAAGAGCUUCUCAUGUAUUAUUGGGCCAAACGGAAGUGGAAAGUCCAACGUCAUCGACUCCAUGCUGUUUGUGUUUGGCUACCGCGCUGCCAAGAUUCGCUCCAAGAAGCUCUCUGUGCUCAUCCACAAGUCUGAGAAUCACAAGGACCUGAAAAGCUGCACUGUAGCAGUCCACUUCCAGAAGAUCGUUGAUACAGGGGCCGGGGUUGACGAGUAUGAGGUGGUACCCAACAGCCAGUUUGUGGUGUCAAGAACGGCGCACAAGGACAACAGCAGUAGCUACUACCUGGAUGGAAAGAAGGUCAACUUCAAAGAAUGCACAGCUCUUCUCCGAAAAGCUGGGGUGGAUCUUGAUCACAACAGGUUCCUCAUCUUACAAGGAGAGGUAGAGCAGAUAGCCAUGAUGAAACCCAAGGCCCAGACUGAACACGAGGAAGGCAUGUUGGAAUACCUUGAGGACAUCAUCGGUAGCAACCAGUUCAAGGAGUCCAUAGAGGAGCUCGCCAAGAAAGUGGAAGAAUUGAACGAGGAAAGGGGUGAAAAGUUAACUCGUGUGAAGGCAGUAGAAUCAGAGAUGGAGGAACUGGAGAAACCAAUGAAGGAGGCUCAGGAAUUUCUGAAGACGGAGAACGAGGUUACCAAGAAAAAGAACAAACUUUACCAGAAGUACAUCUCUGAGUGUAAUGAAAAUGAAGCUAAAGCCCAGGAGAAGAGGAAAGCGGUCCAAGAUGGGAUGAAGGAGAUGGAGGAGGGUCUGAAGACAAUGGCUUUACAGAACAAGGAAAAGAUCAAAGAGCAUAAGAAACUCUACAAACAAUACGAGAAGCUUGCAGAAGUAGCGGAGCAAAAGAAGGCAGACUUUGCAGAGUUUGAGAGGCAGGAUGUUAAAUGCCGAGAGGAUCUGAAACAUACCAGAGAGAAACAAAAGAAACUGGUCAAGAACUUGCAGAAAGAGAAGACCAAGCUUGAGGGCUUGCUGAAAGUACCGGGAGACAGUGAGAUUGAGAUCGGAGAGCUGGAGAAGAGGAAAGCCAGCCUAGAAGAGAAGCUGAAAGUGGAAGAAGCCAAGAUGAACGACAUCAUGGCAUCCCUCAAGACAGAGACAAAGGGGCUACAGGCAGAGAAGGAGGCUAAAGAGACGGAGCUGAUGGGUUUCCAGAAGGAGCUCAAUGAAGCCAAAUCCCAGAAGACACUGGCCGACUCUGAGCUCGGUCGCCAGCGCAAGAAGGUCGAGGGCGCCAGAUCCAAGCUCGAAAAGGCGCGUACCAAUGUCAAGACCAUCGCUGAGAAUCUAGUCGAAUGGCAGAGCACUAUCAAGAACCUUGAGAAAGAGAUCCCCGAGAUGGAGAUCAAGCUGGAGGCUUCUGAGAAGGAGCUAGUAGAGGUCAGGAGGUCAGAGGGAGCGGCCAGCUCAGGGCUGAAGGAUCAAACCGUGAAGGUCCAGGAAGCACGGAGCUCCAUGCAAUCGGCCAAGGAUAGAGGCUUCCUCAUCUCGGCUCUCAUGGAACAGAAACGUCUCGGCAAGAUCAACGGCAUCCAAGGACGCUUGGGUGAUCUUGGGGCAAUCGAUGACAAGUACGAUGUAGCCAUCUCUACCGCCUGCGGGGCUCUGGACUACAUAGUGGUGGAUACCAUAGAAACGGGAGAGAAAUGUGUCAGCUUCCUGCGCCAGAACAAUAUCGGAGUAGCCACCUUCAUCUGUCUCGAUAAGAUCAAGCAUCUUGCGAAGAAUGCUUCAUCUAAAAUGAACACUCCUGAUAACGUGCCUCGCCUGUAUGACUUGGUGCGUGUGAAGGAAGAGAAGUUCCGCAUUGCCUUCUACUACGGUCUGGGAAACACACUGGUUAGCAAGGACUUGGAACAAGCCACAAAGAUCGCCCUUCAGGGAACCAAGCGCCAUCGUGUGGUGACGCUGAAAGGAGAGCUGAUCGAAUCAUCAGGUACAAUGAGUGGAGGGGGCAAGCAGGUCAGCAAGGGUCGUAUGGGAUGCACCAUUGUCUCUGAUGUGACCCCUCAGGUGGUGGCUGCCAUGGAAACCGAACUGGAGCAGUGCAGGGUGACAGCUGGCCAGCAGAGGGAUAGGCUGAGAGAGCUGGAAGCAGAAGUCAGCCAGCUUGGAAAGAAGCUACGAGAGGCAAAGCUUGCUAUCAAGAAACACAGCAUGGGAAUUAAGGCCAAGACAGAGGAGGGAGAGCUUCUGAAAGAGCAGAUAGUCACAUUUGAAGCCGAGCUAACGGAGGCUGAGCAGGAGACCGACUUCAAGACAUUGGAGAAGGCAGUCGAACAAGCUGACAAAGCGUACCAGAAGGUGGCAAGCGUCACAUCUCGCAUCGAAGCUGACGUCAAGGCACUUCACAAUCAGAUCAUGGAAAUCGGCAGCAGCAAGAUGAAGUCCCAGCAGGCCAUUCUGGACAAGUUGACCUCUGACAUCGACGCAGCAAGCAACGGAAUCACCAAGGCCAACGUUGCCAUCAAGACGGCCAAGAAAAACAUCAAGCGAUGCGAGGAGAGUCUGGAAAACAUGGAGAAGGAGGAGAAGGAGAACGCAGAGAUGGUGACGAAGAUUGAGAAAGAGUUCAAGAGGCUUGAAGAGGAUGCCACCAAGGUUCUUGAAGAGUUUAAGGAAUCCGAGAUCCAGCUUAAAGAGAUGGAGGGAACUCUAGAAGAAAGCAAAGCUUCAUUGGCCGAGUUUCAGCAGAAGGAGGCCGAUACCAAGGCCAAACAGCUGGAGGUGAAGCACGAGCUGGAAUCCUACGAUGGCACCAUCAAAGAGAACCAACAGAGAAUCAGGCACUGGAAGAAAGAGUUGGGCAAGCUAGAGAUUCACAUCUUAGACCGUGAGAACCCAGAGACACUGCCCGAAUACAUGCCAGAAGACCUUGCAUCUGUCGACACAGAGGACAUCCAGUACGAGAUCACCGUGGAGGAAGAGCAGAUCGCUAAGAUGACCCCUAAUCUAGCUGCCAUUGAACAGUACAAGAAGAAGGAAGAGAACUACCUGCAGCGGGUUUCAGAGUACGAGGCGCUGACAGAGAAACGGAACGAACAGCGCCGCCAGCUGGAGGACAUGCGUAAGCAGCGUCUGGACAUGUUCAUGCGCGGCUUCAGCACCAUCAACGACUACCUCAAGGAGAUGUACCAGAUGAUCACACUGGGCGGAGACGCAGAACUGGAGCUCCUCGAUAGUCUGGACCCCUUCUCGGAAGGAAUCGCUUUCAGUGUGCGUCCUCCUAAGAAAUCUUGGAAGGUCAUCGCUAACCUGUCGGGUGGUGAGAAGACCCUGAGCUCGCUCUCUCUCGUCUUUGCUCUCCAUCAAUUCAAACCGAACCCCCUCUACGUCAUGGACGAGAUCGAUGCUGCCCUCGACUUCAAGAACGUGUCCAUUGUCGGCCACUACAUCAAGGAGAGAACCAAGAAUGCUCAAUUCAUCGUGAUCUCGCUUCGUAACAACAUGUUUGAGCUGGCCGACCGACUGGUGGGAAUCUACAAGACUCACAACUGCUCCAAGACCGUCACCGUCAACCCCCGCAAACUGGCCAUCAAAAAUACCGCAGAAGUCUCAGGUUGAUAGGGAGGAUAGUCUGGAAGACACCACCAGGGACCCAUUUCACAAACCUUUUUUUCAAUGACAAAUUAUAAAAAUCAGUGAUAAAUCUGUUGAUGACCAAUCAGAAGCAUGGAUUUCAGUAGCUUAUAACAAAAACUGUCAUUUGUCACUGAUGACAAGUUUUGUGAAAGGUCCCCCUAGGAUUGAAAAUGUGAUAGGGGUAAUUCUAUGCUAUGGGUCUCUUCCAAAGUGUAUUGAGCGAGAUAGUUGUGACACGCGCAUACAUGUACACAUGCACUGUAUGUGAGCGUGGUCAUAGGUCAAACAAUGGAGCCCCCAAUGGUAUCCUCCUAUGGUUCAAUCUCUGUGGGAGGAACUGUUUGGAGCUAUUUCUCUCAACUAGCUAUGGUCUCUCCUACAAUGUACAUGCAGAUCUUUUAUCCAUCAUUUCAUCCAGAAACGAACCAUUAGUCCGUGGUUAUGUCAGCAGGUUUUCAUUUAUGGAUGAAAUGAAUGGAUAUAAGAUGUAUGUACAGCAGGUUUUCAUUUAUGGAUGAAAUGAAUGGAUAUAAGAUGUAUGUACAUGUACAACAAGGGAGUGUUUCACAAAGUCUUAGAUUGACUUUAAGUUGUACUUAACUAUGGCAGAGGGUUCAUGCCAAUAUUUACUCUCACCAUUAUGAUCUUUAAAUAAUAUUUUUUCCUUCAAUAAUGAAUUAUAAAAAAAUGUAGAUUCGUGACCACGAUUUGUAAGUCCCUUGAGAGAGCAAACAGUGGCAUUAACGGCUUGCCAUAGUUAAGUCCAACUUAAAGUCGAUCUUAGUCUUUGUGAAACACUCCUCAGGACACAUAUCAAAGAAUUGACCUUAUCUUCUGUUCGCACUUGUAAGUUAGUCAGAACAGGCAAGAUUACAUGCAGCAGCAUGUUAUUAAGAGUUGAUUAAUUGGUGGAAAAUAAUGCAACUGUCAACAGUAAUGUUUUAUGAAUGCAAAGUCUCAGAUCUUGCAAAUUUGCUUUCACAAGAUAUUUAUACAAAUACACAGGUUGUAUGCGAAAAAUCGUACCUUUAUGAAAAUCUGUCUUUUAAAUGUGCUUCUUUAAUUCUUCUUUUAAAUGUGCUUCUUUAAUUCUUGAGGAUACAAACUCAAGGUAAGAAAAUAUAUGAAAAACUGGCACAAUUAUAUCUAAACCCCUCAAAAUAUGUUUGGAAACUAUAUGAGGUGAUUAGAUAUCUUAAAAAGGUUUGAUGGAUUUAAUGCAAAUCAGCUUAUCACUCUCCUAACAAUCAAAGAAUAUCUUAAAGAGAUAAAGUUUCUUGAGAUUGUGUAUUUAAGCCUUGAGCCUUACUAGAUCUUCUUCUCGUAAUCUCUAAAGGGCCAUGCAGCCUAUCACCAAGAUGAAAAGUUGAUUCCAGUUCAGGCGUGUCACGUUUGGAUGGUGAAAUAUAGAUUUAGUAGUCACAACAUACAAGGAAAUUGUAAAUACACUCAGCCUAUAUAUUGUAUAAAUGUACAUUACUUGUAUUAAGGGGGUUGAAAAUUUUGUGGAAUGAAUUACGCACAUGUAUACUACCUACACUAUAACAGAAUAUGAGUUUUAUGUAAAACGUAAUUUCAUGUAAUGUAGUAAUCCGAGUAACGUUAAAAAGUUAAUCUUGUUGCGCAGCCAUCGAAGCCCGGGUACCGGUACUUCGAUAUCAACUAAUAACCAAUAAUUAUGAUAUAUGAUUAUUUAGGCUCAGGUUGGUUUAGAGAAAUAGCCUCUUAUACUGAAUUUCAGUGGGACCAUAUUUUCUAUCACGGUCCCUUCUUAUUUUUAAUGGAAUUUACCAGUAAUGUAAAUAAACCUUUGGUCAUUCCUAACCUUAUGGGUAUAUUUUGUUAUGUACAUAUCUGUAUCUAUAUAAUUUGUGUGUAGUAAAUAAUAUGCAAGAAUAGAAGUUGAUUUAUAUUAGUUUACAAGUACAGCAUUGUAUUUAGGUAAACCCAUGAUAAUAUACAUCUCUGUCGUGAAAUUGGGAUACUGGUUUUAAAAACAAAAAUUAAGUCAUCUCACUCAAAAAACUAUAGAGAACAUAAUCAGCAAAACAUUAAUUUAUUUAAUGUAGAUUACUCAUACAUGAUAACUGUAGAAAGAUGAAAAGUCGAUUCAUGUACCCCCCCCCCCCCCCUGAACAGGAAUGUAAUUCACAUACUGAACUUUUAUCUUUACCGAUUGUACAUAAAUUAUUGUAGCGAUAAGAGUUUUGUAAAUAAAAUAGUUGACUUGAUUUGGCAGAAAAGCUUGUACAAAAAGUGUAUAAUCAUGGCGCUGAAAUUUUGUGUGUAAAUAAAUACACUUUGCUUAUACUAUUCAA